CAGCAACUGUCAUGGCGUCUCCCUUGAAGGGGGCUUGGUAGCUGAGACAGUAGCUGCUGUCAUUUCUCUCUUUUCUCUCUCGAACACAAUAAUAAAGUCAGUGUAAAACAUUUUUAGGAGCCGGUAGUCACCAUGGGGACCGUCCAUGCUAAGAGCCUGGAUCCGCUCCCGAUGCAUGGCCGGGAUCUGGGUGUCCACCCUGAUGACCUGAUUGAACCCCCAGAACAGGAACAGGAGUCCAAGCAAGAGAUCCUGGAAAAUAAAGAUGUAGUUGUUCAGCAUGUCAACAUAGAGGGUCUGGGGAGAACCAAGGAGGAUCUGCUGGGCUAUGAGAUCUCUGAUGUGUUCCACGCCAAAAGUCUGAUCGACGUGAUGAAACGCGCUCACGUAGCCAGGCUGAGGCUUCUUCGGCUGGGAAUCUUCAAAGACGUGGAGGUUCUCAUUGACACAUCUGAAGGUACAGAUGCCUUGCCCAAUGGCUUGGAUGUCACCUUUGAAGUGACUGAGAUCAAGAGGCUGACAGGAAGCUACAACACGAUGGUUGGCAACAAUGAAGGAAGCAUGGUUCUGGGUUUGAAGCUGCCCAACAUGUUCGGUCGAGCUGAGAAGCUGACCUUCCAGUUUUCAUAUGGGACAAAGGAGACGUCCUAUGGUCUGUCUUUUUUCAAGCCGCAGCCUGGAUUCUUUGAACGCAACCUCACCCUUAACCUGUAUAAAGUCACUGGCCAGUUUCCAUGGAGCUCCUUAAAAGAGACGGACAGAGGUGUUUCUGCAGAACUAAAUUUUCCUCUUGGCGUCACCAGCCACACGCUGAAGUGGGAGGGCGUAUGGAGGGAGCUGGGCUGCCUGGCUCGCAGCGCCUCCUUUGCUGUGCGAGAGGAGAGUGGACACUCGCUGAAAUCGGCCGUUUCACACACUGUGUCAGUUGACUCAAGGAACUCCGCCAUCUUUCCCAGCCGAGGCGCCUUAUUUCGAAUCAACCAGGAGCUGGCAGGGUACACCGGUGGAGACGCCAGCUUUCUGAAGGAAGAUUUUGAGCUGCAGCUAAACAGGCGGCUGUUCUGGGACUCUGUCUUGUCUGCCUCAUUAUGGGGCGGCAUGCUGUACCCCAUCAAAGGGCAGCCGUCCUGCAUCGCUGACAGGUUCUACCUUGGAGGUCCCACCAGUGUUCGAGGGUUUGGAAUGUACAGCAUCGGGCCACAAAGUGAAGGUGACUAUCUGGGUGGAGAGGCAUACUGGGCGGGUGGGCUGCACCUCUACACCCCUCUACCAUUCAGACCAGGCAAAGGAGGCUUUGGAGAUCUUUUUAGAACUCACUUUUUUCUCAACGCUGGAAACCUCUGCAAUCUAAAUUAUGGCGAAGGUCCCCAGGCGCACCUCCAGAAACUAGCUGAGUGUAUCCGCUGGUCAUACGGAGCCGGCAUCGUGCUGCGGCUCGGGAACAUCGCCAGGCUUGAGCUCAACUACUGCGUUCCGAUGGGAGUUCAGAGUGGAGACAGGAUAUGUGACGGUGUACAGUUUGGAGCUGGAAUUCGCUUCCUGUGAUGUUUCAGUUUUGCCUUCACCACUCCAGCAGCACUCAAUGUGAAAAAGGGAGUGUUUUAGUUGUUUUUCACCUGUAACUUGUUGUGGGAAACACUAGCAUGGGCCUGUGCUCUGGUGAGAUGAGCCUGACCUCCCCAAAAUGUUAUUUAAUAUGCACCUGUAAAGAUUCUUCAAUAACAACAAAGCAGUGCUGGCUCGAGCAAGAUCAACUCAUUAGAGUCCAUUUUUCCCUCCACCUGCCAGAAAAAUCAAGGAACCUUCUGAUAGUCCGGCUUUAUAUUUAUUCCCAUAGAUUAAUGGUUUCAUGUUUUGUUCUUUAGCCUUACUUUGCAGCCGCCAAUGCUGGGAUUAUGUUCCUCACAGGCAUGUUCCAUUUGGACACAACUGAUAGAUAUGCUCCCAUUGUCCCUACUAACCAGGAGCACAGUGUUCCUGAGUGAGAACACCACUCAGCAAAUUGAGCUAAUGACUGACCAAUAAAGCAGUUAGGAGGUUAAACAAGGAGAAACCAACAUUUUUUUCAUCCAAAUUAAGGUAUAGGAAAAAACCCUGAAGAUGAAGUGUUCUGGGGCUUACAGCAAAAAUAAGUAACACCCACCAUUAGUGGUGUUAUCAUUCUUCCUUUUUUCGAUUAUGUUCAAAUUGUUCACAAAUAAAUCACUUCCCUUGUCUCUUAA